AUGAUGCAACAAUAUAUGAAGGAGUUGGAGCAGGAUCCUUUCGAUUCCGAGGAGUUUGUUGAAAGACUUGCUUGGAGAACCGUUAAUGACAUUACAAAAGAUGGUGGAAAAACGUUUUUCAAUCCCAUGAUAGUGCACGAGACAUUUUUGCAAGCAAUCAAAGAUCUACAAGUCUUGCAGGAACGUCAGCAGAAAAAAUGUGAUAAACUUGAAGUGGCAUUGAAGGACGAGGAAGCAAGACAUAUGCUUGAAAUACUCGAGUUACAAGAAAGAAAUAAACAUUCUAUCGAUUUGUUUCACCAAUUAGACGAGAGAAUAAACCUCGUGGCAACUAAGGUCUUGCAUUUAGGAGACCAGUUGGAAAGCGUUAACACACCUCGAGCCAGAGCCGUCGAGGCUCAGAAGCUUAUGAGACAUUUUUCGGAUUUCUUAAGCCCCGGGCCUUUGACUGAUCCAAUCUUUACAGACAAGUCAUCGCCGGACGAAGCAGCGGAUGUAAUACAAAAGCUCCACCUUAUUUCGCAAGAGUUACCAUCCGAGAAAUUUGAACACGCUAAAAAAAAGAUUGCCAUCAAGUACGAUGAAAUUGAAAGAAAUCUGAUAGAAGAGUUUGUCAGGGCACACAAUAGAGAAGAUGCCAAUCGUAUGAAAGAACUAGCCUCGGUAUUAGCCCAUUUUAAAGGAUAUUCCCAAUGCAUCGAUGCAUUUAUCGAGCAAAGUCAAAUGGGUUCGUUUGGGGGCAAAGAUGUUUUCCAAGAUGUGAUACCAAUGUGUACAAAGUACCAUAAAUUGAUGCAACAGGUAUUCACGAAUCCCGAACAAGUGAUGGCAAAGUUUUUACUGAAUAUCUAUCAUUUGAGACUUCAAAAAUACGCAGUCGCUAAAUUAGCCGACAAAACUGAUCCUGAGAAAUAUCUGAGUAACUUGUAUGAUUUGUACACGAGGACCGUAAAAUUAUCCACGGAACUGAAAAUGUUUAACAUGGGUACCGACGAUACUUACCUAGCGAAACUUACUAGAAAUAUAUUUCAAAAAUAUUUGGAUACAUACAUUACCAUAGAAACGAAAGCAUUAAGGGAGAGAUCAGCAGCUCUUCUCAUCGAGUACUACGAAUCGAAGAAUCACCAGAAAAAACAGCUGCAAAUAGGCGGUUUUCAAGAAUUAAGGAGAGACUUGCAAGCGGUACUAGGUGCACGAACUAAUAUAAAUAUAACAUUCUUGUCGGAAGAGCUUGCAAUCGCUUUAUUACAGAGAAGUAAAAUGGCAUUUCAAAGAUGCCAAUUGUUAUCAAAGCCCGACGAGAUACCGGCAAAUGCACUUCAAAUCUUUGAGAUUUUAUUGCAGUAUUUAAUAAACGAACACGUUGAUUACGCGUUAGAAUUAGGUUUGCAAAGUGUACCGAUUCCUGAAGGUAGAACUCAACCUGAGAUACACUUCUUCAAUGUUGUGCGUCAAUGUAACGCAAUCGUGCGUCUUUUAGAAGAACAGUUUGUUGGCAGCCUCCUACCUCUUGUUAUAUCGACGCCAAAGCAUGGAGAUUGUCUGUUAAAGAAGAAAAAUGCAUUGGAUCAAAUUGACAUGAAAUUAGAAACAGGUUUAGAUAGAAGUAUAAACGCUAUCGUUGGCUGGGUAAAAGUGUACUUGCAAAAUGAGCAACGUAAGACUGACUUUAAGCCUGAAACUGAUGUGGAUACUUUGAGUACUCCGGCCUGCUUAACAGUAGUGCAAUACGUGACCGCAAUGAUUCGACAUAUUCGAAAUACUUUAGAUGGAAAGAAUUUAAAUAAUGUACUGACUGAGCUCGGGGUCAGAUUUCAUAAAGUUAUUUAUGAUCAUCUGCAACAAUUUCAGUUUAAUUCUGCUGGUGCAAUGUGUGCAAUAUGCGACAUGAACGAGUACCGUAAAUGUGUCAAGGAGCUUGAAGUCGAUGUUGUUACAUUCUUAUUCGAUACCUUACAUGCUUUAUGCAACUUGUUAUUGGUAAAACCAGAAAACUUGAAACAAGUUUGCACAGGCGACCAAUUGGUAUGUUAUACGCUAGAAAUAUUUUUAUUUCGUGUGACCAAAUGGAUUUUUCUUUAAAUGAUUUUUUUAUUAUUACAGGCAACAUUGGACCGUAAUGUUCUGAUAAACUUUAUACAAUUAAGAACCGAUUACAAGACACAAAAGUUAGCCAACUGCUUGAAAGGUUUAGCUACGUGAUAUCUUUUUAUUAUCUCCAGAUAUACUCGUGUGCUACUAAUUAUUAGUUGUAGUACAUUACACAGGAUGUUCACAAAUAAAGGCACAGCCAUAACAUCACCGUUGUGCAAAUGAAAGUAUAACGGACGAGGAUGUUGCUUCAAGUAUAAUAAUCCUCGGUUAGUGCUCAGUUGUACAAAACUCGGUUCACCGAAAACGAUUUACAGCUACAUAAUGACAAGUAUUUAACGAGUGGUAGUGAUUCCUUUAUUU